AUUUUUUUUUUUUUUUUUUUUUUUUAGAAAAAAGCAUGCUUUGCAAGAAAAUUAUUAACAACAGAAUAUCACAAUUAUGUCUUUUGAUAUCCCCGGAUACUUUCUAGAUAAAAAGACAAAUAAGCUAUUUAAAAUCACACCCCAUGGCCCAUAUAGUUUACCUGAAUUACGAAAAAGAUUACAAAAAGAAGAAGAGGAAGCAAAAGCUGCUGCUAUUGCUGCUGCAGCUCAUAAAAACAACAUGAAUAAUAAGGUAUCACUCUAUUAUUCACAACGACGACGACGACAAUGGCCAACUACUAUAAAUCAAUAUUUAAGACAACGAGCUGCUUUUGGAUCGCUAAAACCAUCCAUGGAUGGUAUAACGUUUUUAAUGUCUUUAUUGAAACCGAGAUCAUCUAUUCGAUUAGAUGGUCCUAAUAAGCGUAUUUAUAGCAACAUGUGUGUUGAAAUGACGAAUGGUUCAGAAGAAUAUGGUGAAAUUUUUAUAGCAGGUCGAUCAGGUUUGCAUCAUUUUGGAUACGAGCUUGAUCCCCGAUUUCAUGUAUGGAAAGUAAGUGAUGACUAUUAUAAUGGAAACGAAAUUCAAGCCUUGCAGCUUGGUCAACGAACACAAAAUGAUGGCGAACGCAACUUUAGGGACUUGGUUGGUACAACUGGGAAUUUCAUUUGGAGACAUGCUUUCCCUGUUUUACCACCUUUAUUAGAUGAGGAAAUUCGACACAUGUUUCUAACAGAAGAUGAAUCUAUUCAAGAUUAUGAAAAUAUCCUCAGUUGUCCAUCUUCAUAUGUUGGCUUUUGUGAAUCAUAUAGACGUGGUUCAUUUAGACAAAGAAAAGAUUUAUUUUGGUCUUUUAGUUUGAAUGAUGAAUUUGAUUCCCUGGUUAUAGGAGGUGACCAAAAUUUGUAUUAUUUAAAUAGUGCCUUUGAGCUAAUACAUUCAAGAAGGGUAAAGUCAUCUAUCUUUGCAACCCAUAUACCUAAGACUCAACCUAACAUCUGCUGGACUGGCUCACGUAAUGGAAAGAUUAGUUUGAUGGAUUGGAGACAAAAUAAAUCUUCGCCUUAUUAUUCUUCUGAUAGAUGUCUUCAAUCUUCGUCCGUUGUUAAACUUCAAACCUUGGACGGUCACAGUCAUACUGGAUUUGAAUUAUUAGCAGUUGGCUUGGACGGUUCAAUCAAUAUCUGGGACACUCGUAAACCGAAAAACAGCUCUCAUUCUACAGUAGAUAGUAAACGAAAGAAUAAAGGAUAUUAUCAUCAUUCGAAUUAUUACCAAAAACCAAUAAGUAUAUUAAAUGGUCAUGUCAAUGAAAGUAAUCACUAUCUAGGUUUUGAUGUCGAUUUACAGAAUGAUCUACUGAUGGCUGCUGGUAGUGAUGGUCACGUUCGUAUUUGGUCGUUAAAAAAUAGUAAUGCCAAUGAUCCAAUUUGGACUUCCUGUAAAUAUGCUUCCCCUAUUCCUGCUGUCAAAUUUAUGUGCAACUCUCAGACAUAUCCUCGCUUACAAGAUGGAUGGACAUCUUUGUUUCCAAAAGGAUUGCUAUCAAGACGAUGCCCUGGUGUUUUAUUCUUUGGUACAGAUAAAGAAGACAAUGAACAAUGCUCUAUAGAAUGGUUAACAUCUAUGAAAUAAUUAUACUGUAAAUAUUAUAAUACUAUGUAACAUAAGUAAACACAUAUAUACAUUUUGUAAGUGUAUUCGUUUAAUUGCAUGUCUUGGAAUAUCUAUGCAUAUAAGUCAAAGCUAUUUAUUGUGUACAUGGGAUGAAAAAAGCAAAACAAAUCUUCUACAUAACAAAAUAUUUUUUUUUAAAAAAAAAAAAAAGAAAAAAAAAA